CUUGAUGAGUACCGCUCUAUACGUCGACGCUGGCAUUCAGGCAUCCAAGUACUGCAAUGUCGGAACAUUUGCUGUUUUAAUUUUUGACUAUUGCAUCACACUGGAGGCAGAGUCCCAAUGGGUCUGGCACCGAAAAUGGACGUUUGUGCGAUCCAUAUUUACCAUAUCGCGGUACUUGCCAUUUGUUGGCAUUGGGAUGACAUUUGCGGCUGCGCUUCGAACACAAUAUUAUCCAGGUGAAAGUUGUGUUGUGUAUGGAAGAGUAACCACUGCUUCGCACGUUCUGUCCAUAUUAGCCGCAGAAGGAUUGCUAAUUACGAGGAUAUAUGCUUCAUGGAACAGCAAGCGUCUUUUGACAUCCUUACUGGUUUUUGCUGCAAUUUGUGUGGUCACCUCUUAUAUCCUCGCGGACACCAGUUUGGUAUCUAAUUCUACGAACACGGCCGUAAUUUACUUACCGAACAUGAUCGAGGUUUCCUUACUGAAUCCGGGCGACUGUCUUUUCUUCGUCAAGCGAAACAAUGUCUUCGACUACGCCGUGCUGGGACUCUAUGAACUGGUUCUCUCCUGUUUGAUGGUGUUCAUCAGGUUCAGAAGAUACCACGGCACCGUCGGACCACUCCAACGAACAUUUUUCAAUGAUACCAUGAUGUAUAUGAUCUGCAUUAUGAGCAUGUCCGUGUUCAGUAUCCUCUUGACCAUGUUGGCUCCGGAUACAUGGGUUUCUAUUACAAACUCUCCACAGAUCAUCAUUCACAGCGUCCUGGCCUCUCGGAUACUUUUCAGCCUACGAGCAAGUGAAGGAUGCUUGGGAACUCAACACGCAUCGGGGGAACUUCUAUCUGAGAUUCAGUUCGCGGGAGGCCAGCUCUCGACGCUGAGAGUCGAGGAUCCAUCUGUGUAGUGCGAGGCUAGCACGUAUGAUCAUGAGGGUCCUUUCACCACAAUCCGAAAGUAUGUACGGAUAUGUACUGCCAUCUUGACGUACUUUCGUUCUGAAUGAACAAUAGUCCACUGGGGUUUGAGAAACAUUUUGCAUCAUGCCGGUGAUGCAUGUGCAUGAUGGAAUUUCGUCAUCUGUGCCAGUGUGCAUGACUAG